AUGGCGCAGCCGGGCUCUCUUGGUUUUGUUCAUGAUGAUGAGCUGAAAUCCUGGGAUGUGAUUGGUGCAGGGGGUUUUGGACAGAUCUGCAAGGUCAAGCAUGUUAAAUGGGGAAUGAACGUCGCCAUCAAGCUGCUUCUCAGUAAUGAUGGUUCUGGCAAAGAUCUUCUGAGCGAGGCCGAAAUGAUGCAACAGGGAGGCCACCCCAACGUGGUAAGGAUUAUGGGAAUUUACGAGGGUCAGCCGCCAUGCGGACGUCCGUCCUCUCAGCUGGGGUUGGUGAUGGAGUUUAUGGAGAAGGGUUCUCUGGCAUCUCUUCUGAACAAACUUGAAGGACCUCCGCCAUGGCCCCUGGUGUUCCGUCUAGCCCACCAAAUCGCCCUGGGCAUGAAUUACCUCCACAAUCUCUCUCCUCCCGUGCUCCACCUGGACCUGAAGCCCAGCAACGUGCUGCUGGAUGACAGCCUCAGUGCCAAGCUGACUGAUUUUGGUCUUGCCAAAGUAGUCCGAAGUGUUUCCAAAUCAACCAUAGGUAAAGCUGGGGAAGUGGCUGGGACAAUUAACUACAUGCCACCUGAAGCAUUUAACUUGGGCUCCUAUAAGCCCACCUUUGCCUCUGAUGUCUACAGCUAUGGCAUUGUGUUAUGGUCAAUCGGCACUGGAAAGGAGCCCUACGGAAAUGCUCUGCCAUCUAUGGUGAUACUCCGUAUUCCAAAGGGUGAUCGGCCCUCUCUGGAUGAUGAGAGCUUGGACUGCAGUAAGGUUGUAGGACUUCAGGAGCUAAAAGACCUCAUGGAGGAGUGUUGGCAUGAAGACCCUAAAACAAGGCCGAGUUUUCACGACUGCCUUAAAGUGACAGAGGAUCUGUAUGAUCGGCACAAACCUGAAGAGCACAGGGCUAUCCAUCAAGUGCAUGAAAACCUGGGCCCAGAGACAGUGCAGUGGGUGAAUGGACUCAUCAAACCACCCGUCAAAAUCAACGUCCAGUUAAACGGCGUUCAGUUUGUGGACAAGCACAGAGCUAAACUUAUUAAGAACGUGAGGGCAGUGGACAUCAUUGCCGACGACCUGCUCCCAAUGAUUGGCCCGGAAAAGUACGCUAACAUCAAGGCAGCUCAAACCAGUCACCAGAAAAUGAGAGUCAUCUUCGAUUACCUGAACUCUGAGGUUGUGAAAGAAAAGUUUUACCAGAGUCUUCUGGAAAAUGAGCGUUACCUCGUUGAAGAGCUGGCUAUGGAAGACAACUGA